AUGUUUGGCAUCGUGUGCGGUGGUCGUCCUGUUGACACCAAUGUGCAACAGAUUGAGCCGGUUAAAUUUGUAUACGUUAUUCAAGAAGCCGCCAAAAUCAACCACAUGGCAAUUUUUCUUCUUCCCGGUACAGCGUUACCGCCUGGAUCAGCGGCUAGUGUGUAUGCCCAGCUGCCUGGGAAGGACUUCAGUUUGCUCGGGGUGCUAACCGAGGAGAAGCAGUCGGCAAUUUUCCGAUUCAAUAUCCAGACCGAAGCGAACCACGGAACCGACGUAGAUAUGAUGAUGGAUGAUGUUGAUGGCACAGCUGCCGUAGAUCAGUUUGCGAUCACAAUUGGCAUUUCCCUGGAGCCGCUCGAGCAGGCGGAGCUCCAGCUUGCUGCCGCCAAGCAGGCACAGGUGGCAGUCAAACAGCGGCUCAUUAUGCCCGCCAAGCCGGUGACUACGCCGGCCCCGGACCGGCCCGACGACAUUGCGAGUCUGGCAAACAAGAUCGUCACUAACGCUUACAACUAUAUGUCGAGCUUUGUUAGUCCUCAGGGCCAGGUGCCCAUUAAGGCGUUCGACGAGUGGUGGAAUAAGUUUAAAGCGAAAUUAGCCGCCAAUCCUUCGUUCCUGAAUAAUUUAGAUUAA